AUGGCGCUGGAAGCGGAGGCUGCCGGGGCUCCCCUCGGCUCCUUCCUCAGGGACUUCCCGUCCGCUCUGGGCCCGGGGGAGCCGCUGCCGUGGAGCUCGGCGUGGAGCGGCGCCCUGAGCGAGGCCGAGGCGCCGGGCGCGCUAGCCGAGUUGGCGGGGAACCUCCUGGGCGGCAGAGGUGUUUCACCACCCCUUGCAGCAUCAGUGAUCCACACUGCAGUUGAUGAAGUUCUCCGAACAGACUUGACUAAAUUUAAGAGGCAAAGUGUGGAAAGACAGGGAGAAGGCGAGGAGGAAAGAUUCACCUUGCUGGACGGAGAGUCGCUGCAGCGCUGCUUCUUUAACAGACUUCGGGAUGUCUGCUUUGAAUGGCAGAAGCAGUCGCCACCGCUGAGACCACUGAAGCGUUUCCUGCUUGUUUCCACCCAUGCCAUCCGUAACACUCGACGGAAAAUGGAGGACCGCCAUGUUAUCCUCCUGGAGUUCAAUCAGCUGUUUGGCUUAGCAGAUGACAUCGAUCGUGCUUACUUUGCAAUAUUUGAUGGCCAUGGUGGAGUGGAUGCUGCCAAUUAUUCAGCAACACAUUUACAUGUAAAUGUGGGGCUGCACCAGGAGAUUGUUAAGAAUCCAGCUGAGGCCUUGAAAUGCUCUUUCCAGAAGACAGAUGAAAUGUUUCUUUUCAAAGCUAAAAGAGAGAGGCUGCGGAGUGGCACAACAGGUGUAUCUGCAUUGAUCGUAGGGAACAAGCUACACAUAGCAUGGCUAGGGGACUCGCAGGUAAUGCUUGUGCAGCAAGGAAAUGCUGUGACGUUAAUGGAACCUCACAAACCAGAGAGAGAGGAUGAGAGAGCACGUAUUGAGGCUCUGGGUGGAUGUGUAACCUACAUGGACUGCUGGCGGGUUAAUGGCACUUUGGCUGUUUCCAGAGCAAUUGGUGAUGUGUGUCAAAAGCCUUACAUCUCUGGUGAUGCAGAUGGAGACUCGUUUGACCUGACUGGUUCUGAAGAUUACUUGCUUCUAGCCUGUGAUGGAUUCUUUGAUGCUGUCAAGCCAUAUGAGGUUGUAGACUUAGUCCUAGAUCAUUUAAUGCAAACCAAAGGAGUGGGUCUCAAAGCAGCAGAAAGACUGGUGGCUGCUGCGAAGGAAAAUGGAUCCAAUGACAACAUUACUGUUCUAGUGGUGUUCUUGAGGGAUCCACAGGACAUCUUGGCAGACUGUCUCAGAGACACUAAGAGCCUUGAGACUGGGGAUGAUGCUCGGAGCUCACCCUUUAAUUUCCUCAGCUGUGAGGCAGCAGCCACACAGUGACAAAAUCUGCUUAAUCCAGAAGGUUUAAAAGUUUGCUUAAGGAACUGCUUUCCACUGAAAUAAGCCUCUAAUACAAUAGGCAAAAUGCGUCAGGAAAAAUGACAAAUGGACAAACAUUUAACAAAAAGGAAAGUCUCCUUUUACCGAGUUCCCAUUUGUCUUUUCUUUCUCUUUCCCUCCAUUCAAAAAACCCUGGAGAGCCAUGGAGAUUCGUACAGCUCUUUUGUCUGUGAGAGUGGAAUUCUAAAACACGUCCCAGGACUGCUGCCAUAUCCUUCUGCCCUGGGGUGGCAAAAAGUUGAAUGUGGUCUGAUCUUUGGAGGCCUGCAACACCAAGAGUAUAGAAGGUACCAUGUCAGCUAGGAAGGUAUGAGACUAGAACAACUCGUACUUUUGGCAUUGCCCAGUACUGGCUGGUUAAGAAGAAAAUCCUGCUAUUUGCAUGCUAUUUCCUAGGAAUAAUUGAGCUUUUUUUCAGGUAAGAGUAGCUCUUGUCCCAGAUACAGGGCUUGAGAGACUUUCUAGUCUCCGGUUUCUGCUCCUGCAGGCUGUUGGUGUUUUCACCCUUUGCACUGUGUUUAAAGGAGGCUUCUGAGUUUCUCCACUGCUUCAGUGCUCUCUGUUUCCUGCCCUAGUUGGUUUAGCAGACAGGCUGGUAACUGCAGCAUGGCACGUGGUUAACCAACCUCUCUGUCAGAGUACCUCCUCAACAUCUGCUCUAUUAUAGCUUCAAUCCUUCGCUUAUUUAGAAAUUGAAUUUCUAAGUAACUACUCCUGCUGACACAAAAACAUGUCCUUAUCAGUAUUAAAAUAGUCCACAAGCAGAACUGUUGCUUUAGGCACAUUUCUUGCCACUGUGUUGGCUAAUGAACCUUGAAUGAAAGUGAAAUGGCCAGUGAAUUUGAAGUAGGAGCUGUUAAGCAAGUGUUGUAGAGCUGUAGUCUUUAUUUAUUUUGUAUAUUAAUCUGCACUUGUGACACAGAGCAGAAAAGCUGCAGCACAGCAGAUUCUAUAAGCUGUGACUUAACCAGUUUCUAGUAUCUUAAAACUCUUUAUUUAAACUGAGUGGUUCUGCACGCAGGUCAGAAACCUGUUGUCAUUGAUCCUUACAUGCUGUGCGUAUCGUGUGUUUGUUUAUACAGAUUGUUCUAACAGCACUUGUGUGUAUUGUGCUACAUCACCAUAUUUUAUAUAUAUUUGUAUGUAUGUAUGGCGUGAGGUUUAAUUGUUGGGGUUUUUUUGUAUUGUCACUUUUGUAUUCACACAGUGCCUCAUGUAUCUACUUGCAUAUGUCAAGAAAUUGCUUCAAAGCAGUGACUGGAAACAAGCGAGGAGAAGAGCUUUUUGCUGUGGGAUUUGAUGUUUCUGAGGUGUUAAUAAAGCAUACUGAUUUCAA